AUGAAUGACAUAUCAAUGAUGGGGUACCCUGGAAUGGGACAACAACAGCCGCAGCCACAGCAAGCCCAACAACCACAACAACAACCUAUAUCAAUGCAACCCCAUACCAUGAUGAAUAUGAUGAAUACAAAUUUGCCACCACCUGGGAUGAUGAUGGGUGGAGCAGGUUCGAAUACUGGAAAUGAGAACAUGAUUAAUCAUGGCUUGAUGAGUGGUAACCCAGUGUCUGGAAUCCCAAAUAAUAACUCUCACCAAUUACUGGACCAGUUAAUCAAUAAGAACCCCAACAACAUGGGAAUUCCUCAACAACAGCAGGACAGUCUUGCGGCUCAAAUGCAGUUACCAAUGGGUGGGAUGCCAAUGGGGAAUGGUAGUGCCCACAAUGGCAAUGUUGGAAUGAACAAUAAUAAUACUGGUGGCAAUAACAAUAUACCAAUGGGCAACGCCAAUGUGUUAAGAAAUAACAACAUCAUUGGAAAUCUUGGCGGUAGCUCAUUGGCAGGAGGCAAUAUGAAUUCCGGAAUGCCAGGAAUUUCAACUUUCGGAAACACCCCAGGUCAAUUGGCUGCCCCACCAAUUCAACCUAACGCUAAUGCAAACAAUCCUAUGUACCAUCCUCACCUAGAAGACCCCUCACUUAUGAACAAUCCAAUUUGGAAAUUACAACUGCAAUUAGCUACUGUUUCCGCACAAUCAGUUGGACAGCCCAAUAUAUAUGCUAGACAAAACGCCAUGAAAAAAUAUCUAGCGACACAGGUUCCACCACAAAAUCAAACACAACAGCAGGCUCAGGCACAAUCCCAGAUUGCUGAGACAUCCAAGUCUUUGGUGGAUUGUACCAAACAGGCACUAAUGGAUAUUAUGGCUCCAGAUGACUCCAAACUCAAAGGCAUGUCCGCCCCAAAUACAGCUUCAACAACAACAAACUCCACUAUUUCUACGCCAACAACAUCUAAGAUAGACAUGAAUAAUUCUCGUGAACAACCUUCAACUCCUUCCUUACUACUACAGCAUAAGAAAUUGUCUCAAUAUAGCAUUGAUGAGGAUGACGAAGUCGAAAAUCGCAUGGUGGCUCCAAAAGACACUAAGUACAACGAUCAAAUAUGGCAUGCUAUCGAUCUUUCCAAUCUACAGAUUUUUAACAUCAGCCCAAAUUUGAUGAAAUAUGAUUUUUUAACUAGAUUGUAUCUGAAUGGUAAUGGCCUUGAAUCCAUCCCAUCUUCAAUUAGAAACCUAAAGAACUUGAGAGUUUUAGAUCUAUCUCAUAAUAAAUUGAAGGAACUGCCUAAGGAAAUUGGUAACUGCUAUCAAUUGAAAUACUUAUAUUUCUUUGAUAACCAAAUUACAACACUACCUUGGGAAUUAGGAAACCUUUGCAACAUUCAAUUCUUGGGCUGUGAAGGUAAUCCGCUUGACAAAGAAUUGCUGAAGAUUUUGACUGAGAAAUCAUUUACAGGGUUGAUCUUUUACUUGAGAGAUAAUAGACCAGAGGUUCCAUAUCCACAUGACCGUAAGUUUAUUGAGAUUAAUGCUGACGGUGAGCCAGAAAAGGAAUACGAUACUGUACAGGAAGCAGAAAGGAACCUAUCUAGCGAUAUGCAAAAGAAAAGUUUUACAAUGCUAUCUUACAAUACAUUGUGCCAACAUUAUGCGACUCCCAAAAUGUAUCGUUAUACACCAUCUUGGGCUUUAAGUUGGGAUUACAGGAGGGAGAAGCUUAAGGAACAAAUUUUAAAUUUUAAUACCGAUAUAAUUUGUCUACAAGAAGUUGAAGCCAAGACAUUUGAGGAUUUCUGGCAACCCUUGCUAGAGAAGCAUGGUUAUACUGGUUUAUUCCAUGCGAAAACGAGAGCCAAGACUAUGCAAUCAAAGGAUUCGAAGAAGGUUGAUGGUUGCUGUGCUUUUUAUAAAACUUCAAAGUUUAAGAUGUUAUUUAAGGAAUGUGUGGAUUUCAGUGGUCUAUGGAUGAAACAUAAGAAGUUCCAAAGAACGGAGGACUAUCUAAACCGUGCUAUGAACAAAGAUAACGUUGCAAUUGUCAUGAAAUUACAACACAUCCAAUCUGGAGAAAUAAUGUGGCUAGUCACUACUCAUUUACACUGGGAUCCAAAAUUCAAUGAUGUCAAAACAUUCCAAGUCGGUGUUUUAUUGGAUCACAUGGAAACCCUGUUGAAGGAACAAAAUCCAAAACAAGAUGUAAAGAAAUAUCCACUGGUUAUUUGUGGUGAUUUGAACUCCUACUUAUCUUCCUCCGUGUAUGAACUUUUCAGCACUGGCCGUGUACAACAUCACCAUGAUGGUAAGGACAGAGAUUUCGGUUACUUCUCGGAAGAUAACUUCUCUCAUAACUUAGCUUUGAAAUCAAGUUAUAACUGUAUUGGUGAACUGGCAUUCACCAAUUUCACUCCUUCUUUCACUGACGUUAUCGACUAUAUAUGGUUCUCUUCUCAGGCAUUGAGAGUACGUGGCCUAUUGGGUGAAGUAGACAGCGAAUAUGUAUCCAACUUUAUUGGUUUCCCUAAUGACAAGUUCCCAAGUGACCAUAUCCCAUUGUUAGGUAGAUACGAAUUUUUAAAGUCGAAUAACACCCAAAAUAGCAACAGUGGUAGCAGAAAAGUGUGA